AUGCAAUCUUUAUUUCUAAGGGCGUCGGAAGGAGCGGCAAGCCCUUGCACUUCAAGGGAUCGACCUUCCACCGUGAUCCCCGGUUUCAUUUGCCAGGGAUGCGACUUCACCACCGGAAACGGCACCAGAGGCGAGUUGAUCUACGGAUCCAAGUUCGAGGACGCGAACUUCAUCAAGAAGCACACUGGCCCAGGGGUUUUAUCCAUGGCUAACGCCGGACCCAGCACCAAUGGCUCUCAGUUCUUCAUCUGCACCGAGAAGACUGCAUGGCUCGACGGCAGGCACGUCGUGUUCGGCCGUGUCACUGAGGGUAUGGAUGUGGUGAAGGCGGUGGAGAAGGUUGGGUCUUCGUUUGGAAAGACCUCAACGACCCUAUUAUCCAUCUAUCAUUAA